AUUGACACAGCCAAACUUAAGAGUCUGGUUUGGAAACAUUUCAAAAAGAUUAAGGUGAAGAAUCUAUGGAAGGCUAAGUGUAACUACUGUGGAAAACUAUUAGGAGGGGAUUCUAGUAAUGGCACAUCUCAUUUGAAAAGUCAUACCUCCAGUUGUCUCCAUAGGAAGAUUCAUGAAGGCAGUCAAAAGAUUUUAGGGCCGAACUAUUUGGCCAAAGGGAGAAAGGACUUGCUUGCCUCUGCUUUUGAUGCUAGUGCUUCUAAGAAAGAACUUGCAGUAGCUAUCAUAAUGCAUGAAUAUCCCCUUUCCAUGGUUGAUCAUCUAUAUUUCAAGAGGUUUGUGUGCUCUCUUCAACCCAUGUUUAGUGUUCCUACUAGGAACACUAUGAAAAAGGAGAUAUUUUGUGUUUAUGAGAGUGAGAGAAAAAAAAUCCAGAAGGUUAUUGAUGAGAACAAAGGAAGGAUUGCCAUUACAACAGACAUGUGGACUGCAAGUAACCAAAAGAAAGGUUACAUGGCUGUAACAGCGCACUAUAUUGAUAAUUCCUGGAGUUUGAGGAGUCAUAUGCUCAGGUAA